GCAACAAGACAAAGAGGCGCAAAGAAAAGGAGCGAGAGAAGGAGGUUGUGUUCUCCACAUUAACGCACCUUAUCAUCCUGCCUCUCCGGCUAUAUGCACCUGCAGCAUCGCCUCUCACUCCUCCCCCUUCUCCUCCUCCUCCUCCUCCUCCUCCCCGGCGGUCGGGCAGCGUUAGUGCGGACUGAGGAGUCGGUGGGGGGUGCGCAGCGCAGCGCAGGGCGGCCGGCAUGCACCUGGAGAGAAACCGCCCCGCUCAGCCGUGUAAAGGGCUCCACCGGAGCCUGAGCAGCACGCGGACUGAUGCUCUAACAGCAGGAUAUUAUAGUGGGGAGUGGAGCCGCAGCAUGGGCGUGGGAGCGACGCGCGCUGCAAUCCCACGGACAUAAGGGUCGGUGGGGGGACCCGAGUAGCUUUUGGAUUGUAGGAUUCGGAUUGUGUAUUCUGGUGGGCUUGGUUUGUCUGAAAUUCAACAAACACGGUACUUUUUUUUCCUCCCUGGCAACCUCCAGUGUAGUUUAAAAAGGAUGGAGAAGGGCGCACAGCAGCAGCAGCAGCAGCAGCUGUCCAAGAGCGCAGAGGGUCCGGCGGAGGACAUCUCCAAAAUCAACGACGAGGAGCUGCUGAAGUGGGGCAAAGAGGAGCUGGUGCGGCGGCUGCGGAGGGCAGAGGCGGGCAAGAGGAGCGCCAUAGUGGAGCACGGGAAUCUGAUGCGGGAGGUGAACCGGAGACUCCAGCAGCACCUCAACGAGAUCCGGAGUCUAAAGGACGUGAACCAGAAACUGCAGGAGGACAACCAGGAGCUGCGGGACCUGUGCUGCUUCCUGGACGACGACCGGCAGAAGGGGAAGCGCGUGUCCCGGGAGUGGCAGCGUCUGGGCCGCUACAGCGCCGGCCUGAUGAGGAAGGAGGUGGCCAUCUACCUGCAGAAGCUGAAGGAGCUGGAGCAGCGGCAGGUGGAGGUCAUCCGGGAGAACCUGGAGCUGAAGGAGGUGUGCAUCAUGCUGGAGGAGGAGCGGGCUGCUGCUGUGGUCGUAGGAGGAGGUGGAGGAGGAGUUGGAGUCGUGCAUGGAGGUCCGGGUCGCAGGAGCUCCGUUGACAGUCAGAGCAGCUUGUCUCAGCUGGGUGGAGGCGUCCCGGCUCCUGGUCUGCUCCGGGACGUGGGGGACGGGAGCAGCACGUCCAGUGCGGGGAGUACGGACAGCCCCGAUAACCCCCACCUCAAACCUCCUCCUCUGGGCUCAAAAUGUGAGCCCCACAAACCAGGAGAAGUGUGUGAAUCCACAGGGAGGAGGCACAGCUCCACGCCGGAGUACCACACCUUCCCCCAGUCCUGCCGGCCCCGCGGGGGCUCCCUCACCAACCUCGAACCUCGGGACCUUAAAGGCUACAGCCCCGAGAAACACAGCAGGUCCCCCAGCAGGCUGCCGUCGGACUCCUACCCCAAACCCUGCAGCUCCGACCUGCUGGCACACAAACAGAUCUGGAUGUCGGGCCAGUCGUCGCCAGGCUGCGGGAAGGGCACCGCCAAGUCCAGCCCCGAGCUGAGUCAGAGACAGCGGGCGGGGAACAUGGCGGGGGCCGGCUGCGGGGGCCCCGACGCCAAGCUGGCGGGGAUGGGGACGCCGGAGCACCUGAGGAAAGGACGGGUGAUCGUAGGGAGUCCGGAGUCUAUACGGCACCAUCACCACUACCAGCACGGCCCCGGGGCCGAGCACGGCAAGGGGACCUAUAGUGUCGGUGGCUCCCCGGGCAGGGACGGGGGCCAGAGGAGGGCCCCGGAGGAGAUGUCCCCCCACCACCAGAGUCUGUACAACGCUCUGAUAUCUGCUGGUUGUUGCACCAAUUCCUGUAGGAGUGUAAAGCUUUGGGACAGCUUUGAUGCCUCCUGACCAUGACAUGCCUCUUGAUCAGAUGCUGCUGUGACAACAUACACCCCAGAGAGAGAAGGAAAGUGUUAUUAGAUGGAUGGAUGGAAGCACAAGUGGAUGGAGGCAUAACUGGAUGGAGAAAUGAUCAUAAAAUUGAGCAGAUGAGUGAAAAAAGGCGACCAAAUACUGGAAACACUUGAACACUCUCUCUGUCUGCCUCUGCUGCUGCUGCUAUGCAUUUCCCAUGGACCACCAGAAAAGACAGAAUGUCAUUGUUUGGACGGGCAGAGGCUCGUCCCUGCAUUGCCAAAAGAACAAGAAGAAGAGAGGAAGAUAAACAAGACAGCUGAAAAAAUUUUGUGUUGCCAACAAAAUAGUCCUACCUCUUUGGAAAGACAGAGACCGUGUGGACGAAAAGGACGCGAACAUGGAAGAGUUACAGCCCCGUCUCCUUACAAUCACAAUGCCAGUGAUUAUUUUAAAACUUAAAACCCAACAUUUGAUGAUGGUAACUACUUUUAAAAAUUAUUGUGGACAAGCACAAAAGAAGUUACUGAGUCAUUUUAACUAGAUGAUUGUUUUAUUGCCAUUCUGAUUUUUGGAGCCUCACUUACAGUAACAUUGUACUCAUCAAAGUAAGAGUAAGCUGAGAUGUGGAUUGACAAAGUUAGAAACCCUUUAUUUUACAUGGUUUACAUCUAAAAACACCAACGUGUGUCGGCCUGGGCCUUCCUCAGGGUCUAUGAUCAUACACCCUGUAAAAAAUAAAGGGUUUUUAACUUUUUAGCAUUUUCUUCUUUUGGGUUCACUGUUUACCCUUUGCAAGAGCACCGGUGUAUUUAGGGACACCAGCAGCGCUCCUGUUAUUCUGUUUUCUGAGGUGUGGUGUUGGGAUCUUACCACAGGUGAAUCUUGGGUUCAUUUGUGGACUUUAACACUUGUGGACUAAAUGCAACAGCUUUCUGAGUCAACUCACAAAAAAUGGCAGGUCAGCACCAUUUUGUGUCCUCUGAAGAACUUCCCUCCCAGAAUGCUCGGCGUUUACGACCCACAGACCAACUCAUUGGUCAAGAGACCUGUGACUCCAC